AUGGUCAUUUCGGAAAGAGAAGCUACGACUUCGAGAUUUGAAACUUGUCAUUUGCAUGACAUGAUGAGAGAAAUAUGUUUGCUCAAAGCCAAAGAAGAGAACUUCAUACACAUUACCAAUAGCCGCCAUCCACCAACAAACUUUCAAUCUCCUGUCAUAUCUCACAGAAUUUUCUCACAACAUCCUACGACAUUAGAUGUUGAUAGAGAUAUAAACAAUCCAAAACUUCGAUCUUUCGUUGUUGUUCAGUUAAAUAAUUACGGGAUAGUAAACUGGAAGCUAUCAAGUUCAAGCUAUAAAAAGUUAGAACUUUUGAGGGUAUUAGAUCUCUUUAGAGCCGAGUGUAAAGGAAGGAAGUUACUUUCGAGCAUUGGAAAGCUCAUCCACCUAAGAUAUUUAAGCUUAAAUUAUGCUAUGGUAUCUCAUUUACCUUCUUCAUUAGGAAAUCUGAAGUUGCUUAUCUAUCUAAAUUUAGAUUUUUGGUGCUUUGGAAGAAAAAUAUUUGUGCCCACUGUCUUGAAAGGGAUGCAAGAAUUGAGAUACCUUGCAUUACCACAGACUAUGCAUGAGAAGACAAAAUUAGAAUUGAGUAAUCUUGUCAAGUUGGAAUCUUUAAAGAAAUUCUCUACACAGAGUAGCAGCUUGGAGGAUCUUCGUGGUAUGGUUAGGCUAAGGACUCUCAAAAUCCAACUAUACGAGGAGACGAGUAUGGAAACUCUAUCUGCAUCAAUAGGUGGACUGAGGUAUCUGGAAACUCUAUCUGCAUCAAUAUUUGGACAGCGGAAUCGAGAAAAUCUAACUGUAGAGGAUAAAGCUAAUUUGAUGAAAGGAGAGUGGACUGUAUUGGAUUUCGUUCAUCUCAAAAAUCUGAGUUUGUCAAUGUAUAUGCCAAGGCUUUCUAAAGACCAACACUUCCCUUCUCACCUUACAACCUUAUCACUAUGGGAUUCUCAUUUGGAAGAGGAUCCGAUGCCAAUUCUAGAGAAAUUGGGUCAGUUGAAAAAUGUUAUUUUAUCUUCUGGAUAUUUCUGUGGGAGGAGAAUGGUUUGCUCGAGCGGUGGGUUUUCUCAACUGCAUGAGCUUUCAUUAUGUGAAUUAGAGGAAUGGGAAGAUUGGAUAGUAGAAGAAGGCUCCAUGCCCCUUCUUCAUUCUCUGGUAAUUUGGGAUUGUCCAAAAUUAAAGGAGCUUCCUGAUGGGCUGCAAUUCCUCUAUUCCUUGAAAUAUCUCAUUGUGAACCAGAAAUGGGAGGAGAGAUGGUCGGAAGGAGGAGAAGAUUAUUACAAAGUCAAGCACAUUCCUUUUCUUGAAUUAUAUUGAGGCUCUCAGC